CGACGCAGGAAGGUCACACGGGCUCUUCCAACAUGGCGGCGGCAGCGCUGCGGAGCGGCUGGUGCCGCUGUCGGCGGAGGUGCCUAGGCAGCGGAAUCCAAUUUCUCUCCAGCCACAACUUACCCCAUGGUUCAAGCUACCAGAUAUGCCGGCCAGGAGGAGAGCUAAGACUGACCAAAUCCUAUUCUUCUGGGAACAGAAAAGGUUUUUUGUCAGGCCUACUAGAUAAUAUCAAACAAGAAUUAGCCAAAAACAAAGAGAUGAAAGAGAGUAUAAAAAAGUUCCGAGACGAAGCCAAGAAACUAGAAGAGUCAGAUGCCCUCCAGGAAGCCAGAAGAAAAUACAAAACCAUCGAGUCUGAAACUGUGCGGACCAGUGAAGCGAUAAAGAAGAAGCUUGGGGAGCUAACAGGGACGGUAAAGGAGAGUCUUGAUGAAGUCAGUAAGAGUGACCUCGGCCGGAAGAUCAAGGAGGGCGUUGAAGAGGCCGCCAGGACGGCCAAGCAGUCGGCAGAGUCAGUGUCCAAGGGCGGGGAGAAGCUGGGCAAGACUGCAGCUUUCAAAGCCAUCUCCCAGGGUGUAGAGUCAGUAAAGAAGGAGAUUGAUGACAGCGUGCUAGGACAGACGGGGCCCUACCGCCGGCCUGAGCGGCUCCGGAAAAGGACAGAGUUUGCUGGAGCAAAGCUCAAAGAAAGCAAAGUCUUUGAGGCUAAUGAGGAAGCAUUGGGGGUUGUGCUACACAAGGACUCCAAGUGGUACCAGCAGUGGAAAGACUUCAAAGAUAACAACGUAGUCUUCAACCGCUUCUUUGAGAUGAAGAUGAAAUAUGAUGAGAGUGACAAUGUUCUCAUCCGGGCAUCCCGAGCCUUAACCGACAAGGUCACGGACGUGCUGGGAGGCCUUUUCUCAAAAACAGAAAUGUCAGAGGUGCUCACGGAGAUCCUGAAAGUGGACCCAACCUUUGACAAGGACCGCUUUCUUCGACAGUGUGAGAGUGACAUCAUCCCCAACAUCUUAGAGGCCAUGAUUUCUGGGGAGCUUGACAUUCUCAAAGACUGGUGCUAUGAAGCUACCUACAGCCAGCUGGCCCACCCGAUCCAGCAGGCCAAGGCUCUGGGCCUCCAGUUCCACUCCCGAAUCCUGGACAUCAGCAAUGUGGACCUGGCUAUGGGCAAGAUGAUGGAGCAGGGCCCGGUGCUGAUCGUUACCUUUCAGGCCCAGCUGGUCAUGGUGAUCAAGAACCCAAAAGGCGAGGUGGUUGAGGGUGACCCGGACAAGGUGCUGCGCAUGCUGUACGUGUGGGCACUCUGCAGAGACCAGGAGGAGCUCAACCCUUACGCUGCCUGGCGCCUUCUGGACAUCUCGGCCUCCAGCACAGAGCAGAUUCUCUGAGGGCAGCAAUGCAAUUCUAGGCAGCGCCAAGGCUAGACCGUCGUGGGACAGACACAGAGAAAGAGACACUUUGGCACGUCUGAUAAAACUGUGUGUGGCCUCUGCUCCAAGUUCCUGUGAAACCAGCUGGACAAGGAAAGGGCUGAGAGUGGCUACCCGGUGGGUGGGUGCACUCUCCAGAGUGCCACAGGGGGCUGCUGGCAGUGUCAGAAGGCCCCAGCCCAGGAACUUCCGUGGGCAGUGGAGCGAAGCCUGGCCUGCUGUUCUAAGUAGUCCACUGGCAUUGCCUGCCAGGCCACUUAAGGUCCUUUUUUUUUUUUUUUUAAAUCAAUGCUCUUACUU